GCCGGGCAAAGGAGCUGCUGAAGGGUCCAGAGAGUAAGUCCUAUGAGGAGCGGCUGAGAGAGCUGGGGGUGUUCAGCCUGAAGAAAAGGAAGCUCAGGGGAGACCUCACUCUCUACAACCGCCUGAAAGGAGAUUGUUGCCAGGUUGAGGCCGGCCUCUUCUCCCAGAGCCAGGUGACAUUGCGGUGGCCUUGGAAGCAUGUGGCUGUGGCACUGGGGGCCCUGAAGACCGCCUGGCUUGCAGGGAGGAAUGCUACGGUGGGCAGUGCACUUGGAAGGCGGGCCACGGAGGGUGAACCACGCGGCCGUGGCUGUCGGGCACAAGGUCUAUUCCUUUGGUGGGUACUGCUCCGGAGAGGACUAUGAGACCCUGCGGCAGAUCGAUGUCCACGUUUUCAAUGCAGUGUCUCUGCGCUGGAUCAAGUUGCCUCCAGUGUGGACAAACAGCCGAGACCACGUGAGGGAGGUGCCCUACAUGAGGUAUGGACACUCAGCAGUGCUCAUCGACGACACCGUCUACAUUUGGGGUGGUCGCAACGACACGGAGGGAGCCUGCAAUGUGCUCUAUGCUUUCGAUGUCAACACGCACAAGUGGUUCACACCAAAGGUGUCUGGAAUGGUCCCAGGGGCAAGAGAUGGACACUCAGCUUGUGUCCUGGCAAAGAGCAUGUUUAUCUUUGGAGGCUAUGAACAGCUGGCUGACUGCUUUUCAAAUGAUAUCCAUAAAUUGGACACCACAAACAUGAUGUGGACCUUAAUCUCUGCCAAGGGUACUCCAGCUCGCUGGAGAGACUUCCAUUCAGCUACCAUCAUUGGAACAAAGAUGUACGUGUUUGGUGGCAGAGCUGAUCGUUUUGGGCCAUUUCAUUCCAACAACGAGAUCUACUGUAACCGCAUUAAAGUCUUUGACACAGAAACCAACUCGUGGCUGGACUCCCCUCCCACUCCCGUGCUCCCGGAGGGCCGGCGGAGCCAUUCAGCCUUCAGCUACAACGGGGAACUAUAUGUAUUUGGUGGCUACAAUGCACGUCUGAACAGACACUUCCAUGACCUCUGGAAAUUCAAUCCAGUUUCUCUUUCUUGGAGGAAGAUUGAACCCAAGGGAAAAGGGCCAUGUCCUCGCCGCCGGCAGUGCUGCUGCAGAGUGGGGGACAAAAUCAUCCUCUUUGGAGGUACCAGCCCAUCUCCGGAGGAGGGAAUGGGUGAUGAAUUCGACCUGAUGGAUCACUCAGAUCUCUACAUCCUCGACUUCAGCCCCAGUCUGAAGACACUGUGUAAGCUAGCAGUGAUUCAGUACAGCCUGGACCAGUCCUGCCUUCCCCACGACAUCAGAUGGGAGCUCUCAGCCAUGACAACGAACAGCACCAUCAGUCGCCCCAUUGUCUCCAACCAGGGCUGAAGACAACUCGUCCAUCUACCACCCUGCCCUCACCCCUCCACAUACUGACCUCUUGCUCCACUGCCUGCAUGAAUUUUUAGCCCUUUCAAGCAA